CGCUAUAUUAUGUUUUCUAUUCAUCUACAAAUAUGGUACUGUCCGACGGCAGGUCGGAGUUCACAAGAUCUGCAGUGUGUCGUCCCUUGGCCGUGUUUUUAAUUGUCUGAAAGGUUUAAUUCUCGCUUUAUAUAACGUUGAAGAAUGUCUUCUGAUUCUGGUUAUGGCCAACAUGGCGCACAGCAACAAAGUUACGCAUCAUAUGGCGCCCCUCCUGCCCAGGGCUACCAGCAAAGUGCACAGUGCGAAACUGUAUUGCAGGGCUACGGCCAGGGGAACGACGGGGCCUCGUACGGCGGACAGAGCUACGGCUCGGGGUACGGACAGCACGCAGCCGAAAGUUACGGGCAGACCGCGCAGAGCUACCCGUCCGGGGGGUACGGGCAGCAGCAGCCAGCGCCACCGCCGCAACAGCAGAGCUACGACAGCUACGGGCAGCAGAGCGCGGAGCCUUCGACUGGAGGGUACAGUGGAAAGCCAGCUUAUGGUCAGCAAUCUGGCUAUGGAGACCAAGGAUCCUAUGGACAAUCUCAAGGGGGUUAUGGAAGAAGGAAUGAUGGUGACACUGGUCAGGGGAUAAGGAGGUAUGGAGGAGAUGAGGGGGGCCGUUCCGAAGGUUUCGGCGGCGGAUAUGGAUACAGGGGCAGGGGACGCGGAGGGUACGACCGGGACGGAAGAGGCGGAGGCAUGGGUGGUGGUGACCGUGGUGGCUACAAAAAUUUCGGUGGCCCGAGAGAUGAUGGACCAAGACAUGAUUCAGGUGAUCAGGACAACUCCGACAACAACACCAUCUUUGUCCAGGGGCUCGGGGAAGACGUCUCCACCCACGAGGUCGCGGACUACUUCAAACAGAUCGGGAUCAUCAAGUUGAACAAGAAGACGGGGCUGCCCAUGAUUAACCUGUACACCGACAAAGCCACCGGUAGACUGAAGGGAGAAGCCACCGUGUCGUUCGACGACCCCCCCUCCGCGAAGGCCGCCAUCGAUUGGUUCGACGGGAAGGAGUUCCACGGGCAGCCCAUCAAGGUGUCCUUCGCCACGCGACGGGCGGAGUUCCUGCAGCGGGGCGGCCGGGGACGCGGAGGGUUCAGAGGUCGUGGUGGUUUUGGAGGCGGACCUUCAUUUGACAUGAAGGGAGGCGAUUGGCCCUGUCCCAAUAGCUCUUGCGGCAACAUGAACUUCGCAAGAAGGACGGAGUGCAACAAGUGCGGCACGCCCAAACCCGGGGACGCCGGCGGAGAUCGCGGCGGACGCGGCGGCUACGGGGGCGACCGAGGCGGGUUCAGGGGCCGCGGCGGUUUCCGUGGCGGCGACCGUGGCGGAUACGGUGGCGACCGUGGCGGAUACGGAGGGGACCGCGGCGGCGGCUAUGGCGGCUACAAGAUGGGUGGAAGAGGCGAACACAGAGAAGACCGACGGGACAGGCCGUACUGAAGACUUCCUGCGGGACCCAUUCCAAUUCUGGGGAUUUAGGGGGCAAAGGGGGGGUUAGAUCUGCGUUCCCUUUCACCAACCUUUCUUUGUCGGGGCGUCCCGCGACCUGCUCCCGACCUGUCUGGUGUGCAGCUACUGUGAAGGAACUUACUGCUUUUGGUGGAUGGUCAGUAGGGGGCGGCGGCGGAAAGACUUCAUCAUGAUUUUCGUUUCAUGUUUUUAUUUUUGUUUGUUUUGUUUUGUUUCUUUUCUUUCUUCUCCAUUUGUCUAGUUCUAACAGGUUAAAACAUGGAGUGUUCAUGUAGACUUGUCAGAUGCUGCAUUGCCAAAAUUGCAUUUUGUAAAAUAAAUAAAGUGUGUUUUACUUCAUUGUUUUCAACUGACAAGUAUUCUGAUUUUUUUUUUUUUACUCAUUUAAUUUCCAGAAGCUUCUGUUGGAAUGAUGUGAAGUUAUGUUGUAGAUAAGUCAUGGUUGAUCUGUAAUGACUGCAUUCUAAUGCAACUCCCUUUUUUGUAAUCUGUUCCACAUUUGUAAACCGUCUUUAUUGGUUGCUUAACCCAAAGCUUCAACUUCACUAGUGGUUUAAAAAUAAAGAAUUUUAUAAUUUGGCAGUCAA